AUGCAUGUGAAGUCUCUCACCGUCCCGCUCCUGGCGGCUUCCCUGCCAUUGGUGUCUGGCCAGCUCGACACCUGGGCAAAGAAAGCCGGUCUGAAAUACUUUGGCUCAGCAACCGACUCGCCAGGGCAGCGCGAGCGUGCCGGCCUUGAGGCAUCUUACCCUCAAUACGAUGCCAUCAUGAGAGACACGGCAGAGUUCGGCCAAACCACGCCGACCAAUGGCAUGAAGUGGCUCUUCACUGAGCCUGAGCAAGGCGUGUUCAACUACACCGAAGGCGAGAUCGUCGCUUCCAUUGCCCGGGAGACCGGCGACUACCUCCGUUGUCAUGCUCUGGUGUGGCAUAGCCAGCUGGCGCCGUGGGUCGAGAACCAGACGUGGACACCAGACGCCAUGCGAUCCUUCAUCACCGAGCACAUCACCCAUGUUGCCGGCCACUGGAAGGGGCAGUGCUACGCAUGGGACGUGGUCAAUGAGGCGCUCAACGAAGACGGCACAUACCGCGAGUCAAUCUUCUACACCACCCUCGGUGAGGAGUACAUCAAGCUGGCGUUCAAGGUCGCGCACGAGACCGACCCCCAUGCCAAGCUGUACUACAACGAUUACAACUUGGAAUCGGUCGGCCCAAAGAGCGAGGCUGCAAGGAACAUUGUCAAGAUGCUGAAGGCCGAGGGCAUCCAGAUCGAUGGUGUGGGAAUGCAGGCGCAUUUCGUAGCGCACAGUGCCCCGAGCCUCGACCAGCAGAUUGCAGUCAUCAAAUCGUAUGCCGAGCUUGGUGUCGAAGUCGCUUAUACGGAGCUUGACGUGAGAAUCGAGCUGCCCUUAAACGAGACGAACCUAGAGUGGCAGAAGGAAGUGUAUAGAGAUUCCUGCGGUGCAUGUGCGCAGACCGACGGUUGUAUUGGGCUGACACUUUGGGACUUUUAUGACCCCUUUAGCUGGGUCCCUGCCGUGUUCCCGGGACAAGGGAAUGCUACACUGUGGUUCACUGACUUCACCAAACAUCCCGCCUACUAUGGGUGCAUUGCUGCUUUAAAGAACGCAACAGGUGCUUGCAAACCGAAGAAGAAUCGAUCGAUUCAAGGUCGCUUUAGCCACAAGUUGUACUAA